UCUGGACAGCUGUGCGGUUUCCGACAAUCUCUUCUACUUUCACUCGUCCCCAAAACGUACACAGCCUGCCUCACUGAUGCCAAUCUAACCCAAACUAAAGCACUCCUCCCAGUUCCGAUAUCUUUUAUUAUUUAAAGUGAGCUGGAAACCUGCUGGACCACCAGGGAUUCAGGGAUCUGGAUUGGGCAUGGCUGCAGACCCAGCCAUGAGGGACCGUCUGAGCCACAUGCAGGAGCUGUCCCAGUCCAAUGGCCAUGUGGAGCAGAUGGACUAUGCCGAGUCCAGGGAGUCCGUCUCCGGGGACUCCUUCAGCAAUGUGGACCUGGAGGAGGAGCUCCCUCACCAGGCUGUGGUGUGGGACAACACCCCUGAACUGGAGGAGGUCUUCUCCCAGUCCCAGGAGGUCCACCGUGAGGUCCAGCUUAUACGCCUGGAGGUCAAACGUCUCCGUGAGCAGAACUCACUCGUGCUCCAGGGCACCACUAGGAUGUCGGACGUUAAGAGAGACUCCAACGCCAUCGCGGCUGACAUCAAGGCCCGCGCUGAGGGUGUGCUGACGUGCCUCAAGGACAUGGACGCCGCAGUGCGGGUGCUGGAGGCAGCACACGGCUCCAACGCCGCCUUGACUCGCAUCGCCAGGACCCAGUACGCCUGCCUGAGUAACGGCUUCCGCGAUGCCAUGUUCGACUACAAUGAGGCAGAGAUGAGCCACAGGGAAAGUUGCAAAGCCCACAUUCAGAGGCAGAUGGAGAUUGUGGGGCGGGAGGUGACUGGUGAGGAGGUGGAGGAGAUGAUCGAGACAGGCCAGUGGAACGUCUUCAACGAGAACAUCCUGUCAGAGGGCAAGACGGCGCGCUCAGCGCUCAACCAGAUCGAGAGUCGCCACCGGGAGCUGCUGGACCUGGAGAGCAGGAUCCAGAGCAUCCAUGAGAUUUUCCUGGAUGUGGCUCUGCUGGUGGAGGAGCAGGGCCCCAUGAUGAACACCAUCCAGUCCAAUGUCCAGAACACAGAUGUGGCCAUCCAGGAGGCACUGGUCAAAAUCAGCAAGGCCAAGCGCCAUGACAAGAACAACCCCUUCAAGAAGAUGUUCUGCUGCUGCUUCCCCUGCGUCAACUGAGGCAGAGACUGAUGAGACUGAGGAAGAAGACUGGGCAGUGUUGUACUACUCAGUCCGGUCUCGAGAAGGUCUUGUCUUGGUGUCCGGUCUUGACUUGAUCUCGGACAGUGAGGACUCAAUUUCUUCCUGAGACCAGCCGAGACCAGCGAAGUACAACACUGAUAAUUAUCUGCUUCCAUUUAGCUAAUGCAUAAAAGCGCUUUGCCAGGCCAAAUAUAUACACUCCUUUCUUGAAACAUUAAUAUCUUAUCGCCUAUUGAAACCUGGGAAUCCUACUUUACUCUUAACAUUACUGUCCUUUACUUUCUUAGAAACAUAUCCUCAAACUUUUGUCUUUAUUUCCUUGACUCCCUGGUAGAGAAGAGUGGGGGAAAUUGUUGGAAAGUUGUGGCUCACUAUUAGAGUAAGGGGAGACAGGGGAAAAUUGUAACAGUCUUUAUAUCUAUUAUAAGACAUGUUUGCGCAGUGGAGAAACCUAUUGGACCUAGGCCUUCAGUGUGUGACAGGCUCGUGAUUCUGAAAGGACAGCAACCAUAAUACCAGCGCACUCAUGUAGGAGAGUGCACUUUUUGUAAAACACAAAGGGCCUGUGGUGUAGUGGAAGCUAUACGCAGGUAUACACCCUAUACCCACUUUGUUUUUCAGUGGGCAUUGCCUAUACUCGCUUCUUAAUCUCUUCUGUUGCGUAUCAAAGUAGUGUAGUGGAGGUAUAUGACUUACUAAUUAUGUAAUACAAGAUAAAUCAUCCACAAAGUAGCCUACACAUAUC